GGAAGCGGGCGGGGCGAAAGCCGCGGGGCGGCCAUGACUGAAAGUUGUGUGCCUGCCGGGCUGCGCCCUGUACCGCGGUAGGGUCCUGUUGUUCGUGCUCUGUAGGAGAUGGAGGAGGCGCGGGCGCGCAAGCUGGAGGCUGGCAGAGCCAAGUUUGCUCACUUCAGAGAACGAAAAGCAAAAAGCAAUGUCGCGCAGUCGCAGAAAAAGACGACGAAGAGGAAGGGCUCGUCUGUCCACACGCAUGACGUUCCACAGGAAGAGCACACAGUAAUGGCCCAAGGCUGUGAUGUCGGUAAGGGUAGAGAGAGUAAGGUUGAAGACGCCAACUUCCUAGAGACAACAACAGAGACAGAGGGGAGUGCUGAUUUGUCCGUUCAGGAUACAGUGAUCAAUCCAGCAGCUGAAGAAGUUGCAGAACAUUCUGCUGCAGAAUAUAGUGAGACUGAUAAUAAGAUGCGUCAAACAAGAAUAGCUGAGCUAGAGAAAAGACUUCUGGAGAAACAGGAAGCAGUUGAAAGACUUACUGUGCAGAUGGAUGAACUACAGGAACAACUUAGCCAGCAUAGAGAUUCUAUGCAGCUUCAGGAAACAACUGUUCAAGAGCAGAAUGAAGUCAUAAGGAAACUAACAAGCUGCCUUCAACAAUCAAGAAAGGAUUGGGAUGACCUGCAAGAAGAGGCUUUGCAUGCAGCUGAACAGAUCCAUGGCUUACAACUUCAGUUACAUCAGGUUAAUGUGACGCUGAAGAGUAAAGGCUCUGGUAAGAAAGAGGUAUGGGAAGCCCAGCAGCAAAUGUCCUUGCUUCAGAACAGUCUCCAAGAACAAAAUGCAUGUUUGGAAAUACUGCAUCAGAGAGCGCGUGACCUGAAGGUACAGCUUGAGGCUUCUCAAAAGGACUCAGAAAUAACAGAAUUAAAAAAUGAAGUAACCAAAAUGAAAGAACAGCAACAUAUUGAAGAACUGAAAGUGACUCAUGAAAAGGAUGUUUGCAGACAGUUAGAGCAGUUGAAGGCUGAGCUGGAGAAAUGCCAUAGAAAAGAGAUGGCAGAAGCCAAGCAGGUAUAUGAAGAAGUUAUUUUAAAAUAUAAAAGUGAACUUGAACAGUUAAAAAAAGAACUCUUUGCUCUGAAUUCUGAAGAACACAUUCAGAAUUUAAAUAGAAUAGUAAUUAACUUAAAUAAUAGUCUUCAUGAAUCUGAAAUUGGUGAUGAAAAUUUGAGAAAGGAACUUGAAAACCAGCAGGAAAACUUCCAGAGAGAAAAGACUGAGGUUGAGAUUCAAUAUGAAGUUUUAAUUAAUGAUCUUAAGUCUCAGCUUUCAAAGGCAGAAGAGCAGGUCAAGGAAGCCCACCAAUAUGAGCAGGAAAAACAGCACUUGAAUGAAGAGAUUCAGAAACUGAAUUAUUUAAUCCAGGAAUUAAAUAAAAGGCGACUUUUUGAGGCUGAAAAAAGUAAAGAUGCAAAGCAAAAGCAUGAAGAAGAGACUGUCUCCAAUAAAAACCUAAGGGAAAUACAAACUUUACCAGAUGUAUUGGAGUUGCAGAGAGUGAAGUUUGAGGAGAUAUUAAAUGAACCAUGCCAAUUUAGAGAAGAGCUAGAUCCUGACAGACUGCAUUUCCAGUGUCAACCGAGAAUAGAUUCAUUAGGGGAUGAAUCAGAAGAAAUUGUGUGUUCAAAGAUCAGAGAGCAUAAUGAGAGUAGUGGAGAUCAUUUGUCUGAAGAACCGUUGCCAGAACUAGAAUUUUUCACAACUGAUGAAGAGGUACUAUCAAAAUAUCUUGUCUUCAUGGAGAGGCCAGAGCAGUCAUACGUGUCAGGCUGUUCUGAAGGUUAUCCCUUUGAAGAACACAGUAGUGUACUUUCUGAUUCCAGCACAGAUUUUAAACCUCCUCAAUUAAACUUAGAUGUUAAUGAAAAACCAUGCCAUGGCAGUUUGACUAAAGAGACAUUUGAAGAGACCAAGGUGGAUGCAAGGGCCUUGAUUUCGUUUUUGUCAGAUGGUUCCUCACUGCAAAACAAAAUAAGUGACUGUGGUGAUGUAAGGGAUAAUGAGAGAGCUUGUGUAGUAGAGAGAUGUGUGAAGCUAACUGAGCAGCUCCACAAAACAAGGUCAGCCUUGAAGAAAUCUCAUCAGGAGACCCAAGAAGCUGUUGAAAAAAGGAAAAAACUAAUAGCUGAGCUUUGUGAAAUUAAUAUGGAACUGAGUAAGGAACGUGAAGCACGGCGAUGUUGUGAAGAGCAACUUCUUCAGAAAACAGCGGGGGAAAAAGAACUUGAAAACAAAAUAAACCUCCUAGUAAAGCAACAGGGUGAGGAUGGAAGCCAACCUUACAGUGCCACAGAACCUACCUGGCAACAAAUGGUAAAAGACCUUCAAGAGGAAAGACAAAAGUCCUCUGCCUGGCAAGAAAUGGUGGAAGACCUUCAGGAGGAAAAAGAAACGUUGAUGAUGCAGUUGCGAACUCAGGAACAAUUAGUGAAAGAAGUUCAAGAGCAGAAAAUAGCUUCUGAUUCUGUAACAAGUGAAGUACAGACUCUUUUUGGAUGUCAGUUGGCUGCUUUGCAAAGUCAGAGGGAUCAGAUGCAGAACCAGCUUGAUGCUCAGAAAGUUAAAAAUCAGAAAAUAACAGAGCUGCUUGGUCAGAAAACCAUACUGGAAGAGACAAUGCUAAAAGAACAGGAGUUACUCAAAGCAGAAAUCAAUAACAAAGAGCAAGACUUAGCACUCCUAGUGAAGGAGAAAACAGAAUUAGGAGAAAAACUAUCAGUCAUGGAGGAGGAUCUAGUAAAAGCUGAGAAAGCAUUAGCAGCAAAAGCUAGCGUUAUUGCAGAUCUUGAGAAAAACAUACAUGAAGUUAAUAUUGAAUUGCAAAAUAUGAAAGAAGUACAGGAGCGUGAAAGACUAAGAUAUGAGGAUAGGUUGAACUUGAACAACGUGGAAAUCAAUAAACUUCAUGCUGAAAUAAAGGCAAAAAGUACUGAAUACACUGCGAAAGAAAGCCAACUGACUGAAGAAAUAGCUCAUUUGAAGAAGGUCCAUUUGGAGCUUGAAAAUUACUUGCAGGAAUCCUUUCAGUCUGUACAAGAUGCGAAGAAGGCACAAUCUGAGAUGAUGAAUUAUUACAAGGAAGAAAGUGUUAAAAUGGAUGCUCAGCACCUUGCAGAAUUAACUAAACUGAGUUUGACACACAAGAAGGAGAUAGAAGAAUUAAAGGCUGAAAUAAAAGAUAAAGUUGAAAAGCAAAAGAAGUUGGAGGAAGAAAGAUUAGAGCAGCUUGCUUUAGUAAAAAAGAUACAUGAACGAGAGCAUGACCGUGAAAUUUCUGAACUGAUUGCUAAACAUAAAGAGGAAAUGGAGGAGCUCCAUGCCGAAUUUAAUAAAGAAAAGCUACACCUGUUGGAUGAACAUAAGCAGCAAAUGGCAGCCAUACCCAAAGCAGAGAUUGAGAAUGCCCAGCUCCAAUUACAGACACUUCACAGCCUGGAAAUGGAAGCAUUACGCCUCAGCUUAAAUAAUUUGCACACCUCUCAGCUUGAGCUUACUCAGACUAACUUGAGAAAAGAAAAGGAAACUGCACUUGUGGAACUACGGGAGAUGCUCAAUGAUAAGCGUGCUCAAGAGAUAGCAAUUCUACAAAGCCGCCAUCAGCUGGAAAGGGAGAAAAUUAAAGAACAUUGUUUGAAGGAAAAGGAAGACCUAACAUCAAAGCAUCAGCAAGAAUUAGUUGAUCAGAGAAAGAAAAUAGAAUUGGAAAUGGAAGAGAAACAUAUCCAGAUAUUAGAGACUCUCAAAAGAGACUGGGAAUUGGAGUCUGAGAUGCGUUUAAAAUUCACAUGUGAGGAGCUGUCUAAAAAACAUCAGGCUGAAAUAGCAGAGCUGCAGAGAACUCUGGAAAUGGAAUUAGAAAAAGUCAAAGCAGAGCUGGGACUUCUUUCUCUUGAGAAGGAACAAUCUGAAAUGAAAUGUGUAGACAUGGAGAAACAACACCAGUUAGCAAUCACAAUGUUAACUAAACAACUGCAGUCUGAACACAACCAACUCCUAGAAGAUAUGAAGAUAGAAAGCCAAGAAAAAGAACAGAGUCUACAGAAGGAGCUGGAAAAGCUUCAAGUCAUGCAUGAAGAAUUCAAGACUCAAUCACAAGAAGAAGUCAAGCAGCUUUGGUCUCAACUUGGCAGUACCCGAGCAAAUCGGCAGGAGUUAAGUGAUGGUGAGUCAGUCUGGUUGAGGAUGGAAGCUCAUGUUCCAGAGCUGAAAGAGCAGCUCAUGGCUCGUGCAUCACAGGUGGAAGAAAUAGAGCAUUUAAAGCAAAAAUUUGAAGAGCAACGUCAGCAAACAAAAAGUGAGCAUGAGGCUGAAUUAGAACAGCUGAGAAUCUACUUUGAAAGAAAGUUAAGAAUCACUGAGGAAAACUACAGAGAAGAAUUGACUUUACUGCAUCAGAAACUGCAAGAGCUGAAAGAAUAUUCAGUAUCUGAGGUUGAUGUGAGCCAAAAUCAAACAGGGGAUAUCAGUUCUUCUGUCAUGGUUUUUGGAGAGGCUGUUGGGAAAGAGAGAAAAGAUUUUUUCCUUGAUCAACUGAAUCAACAGCUGGAGCAACGUAAGGAAGAAAUUGCCUGUUUGCAAGGACAGCUUAAAGAAGAUCACAGACAUGAACUUGAUUCCUUGAAGUCUUCUCUUGCACUUCAAUAUAAAGGAGACCUACUGAAAAUGAAGAUGGACCUCUCAGACAAGUAUACAGCAGAAAUAGAGGAAAUGAAAAGAAAGCAUUGUUUAGAACUUGAACAGCUCCGUGCCAAACUUUCAGAAGAACAUAUCAAAGAAAUCACUAAAUUGCGCCUACAGAGUGCUCAAGAUGCAGCACGUCAAGUUGAAAUGGAGGUGGCCAAGCGAGUAUCCGUGCUGGAGGAAGAACACAAAGUUAAGCUCUCUCUCCUCCACUCUGAGGAACAGCAGAUUGCAGAGCUUUCAGAAGAAAUAAAGUGUCUAAAGGAAGAGAUAACUAAGCAAAAAGACUUUUUUGUGCAGAAUGAAAAGCAUCUGAAAGAGCAAAUGGAACAGGUAAAAUUAAAAAUCACUGAGGAUCACAAGAAUGAAUUAAAGGAAGCCAGGGAAGCAGUUCAGAAAAUAGAGACUGUGUACAGAGAAAAGGAGAAGAAAUGGAAAUGUGAAACUGAGGAGCAGAGAAUCCAAGCAGAAGAGAAAUUAUCAUUGUUGCGUACAGAACUGCAAAAUAGGUUGGAAUUUGAGAAGCAGAAUUUACAGAAGGAGUUUGAACUUCGUGAAACUCAAAUGAAUCAGCUCCAAGAUCACCAAGCUGCCAGAAUUGUAGAAUUAGAGAAACUGGUGAAAGAGCAGCAAAACAACUUGCAACAGCUAGAGGACAGCCUUGCAGCUGCAGAGGCUACACAGAAGUCUCAGGAACAAUAUGACAGUGAGCUGCAGGCAGCCAAAGUGCUUAUGGAAAAAGAAAUGGAGAAGGCCAAGCUUUGUCUGCAGGAAGAGUGUGCGCUGAAACUCAUGGAAACACAGAACAAGUUCAUGGAGGAACACAAAUCUUUGACUCAGAAGUUCACAGCUGAGCAAGAGAUUUUUCUCCAAGAGCUGAAGAAGAAACAUGUUGAUGAGCUAGAACUUCAAAGUCAGCACCUACAGGAGAAGCAUAAGCAACAAAUUUUAUCUCUGACAAAUGAGCUUCAUAGAAAGCACAAAGCUGAAAUUAAGACACUUAAAUCUACACUAGAAAGUAAACAGCAAAUACAGCUUGAAGCUUUUGUUGCUGAACUUCAGACAAAACAUCAAGCACAAAUUGAUGUGCUGGAGGCCAAGCACUUAUCAAACCUGGAUUCCUUGGAGUCAUCCUACCUAUCUGAAAUUCAGAAUAUAAGAGAUGAACAUAGGCAGGUUCUUGAGAAGCUACAGCUGCAUCACACAGAGCAGCUCCAUGAAAAGGAUAAAAUGAAUCAAGCAUGCCUGGCUCAGGAGAUAGAGAUGUUGACAUUAAAGCAUGCUGAGGAACUUCAGCUAGCGCAGAAUAAUUUGAAAAUUGAGCUAGCUACUGUGCAUAUGGAAAAACUUAAAAUUAUGGCUGUGGAAGCGGAAGAAGCUCAUAAGGAUGAUUUGAAAGCAGCUCUACAAAAUCAGAGAAGUUUGCUGGAAGAAGAGAAACGUCUAGCCAUGGAUAUAUUACGCGAAGAAGUAGUGCAGAUGGAGGAAAAACAUAGAAAAGCACUGCAAGAACUUAAGGAUCUUCAUGAGGCAGAAAUUAAGAAGCAUAAGGAGGAAUACUCCAGGGAGCUAGAAAAGGAACUGGAGAAACUAAAAGUACAGCAUGAGCAUGAACAGGAGAUGUAUGCUUCUGCAUCAGCCUCUGAAGUUGAAACUGUGAGGACAGCUCUUCUGUCCCAGUUUGAGGCAGUAAAAAUGAAGCAGCAGAUUCAGUUCCAGGAAGAGAUUGAGCUGCUUAAGUGUCAGUCAGAAAUACUCCUUGAACAGCAAAUUGCACAACUGAAGGAUGAAUUUGAAGCUGAAAAAACAGCAUUAAUACGUAACCAGGAGCAGAUGUUAAUUCAGGAAAGGGAGAAGGCAGAAGCUGCUUGCCUAAAGGAGAAGGAGACCUUAUCAGCACAGCUACAGAAAAAUGCAGCAAGAAUUAUCCAGCUGGAGAAGAAAGUAGAAUCUUUAAAUUGUGAAAUACAGGAGACCAACUGUGAACUGGAGACACUCAUAGAGCGACGAGACAGAGAGAACCAAGAAGGAGGGAAUUUGGUAGCCAUGUUGAGAUCUGAUAUUGAGCAGUCCAAAGCUGAAAGGAAGAAAAUGCAGGACUCAUACCAGUGUCUUUUGAAAUGGCUUAUGGAGCUGGUGAAGGCCACAAUUGCUGUUGAGGAUCUCAUCUGUAGCAAGAUUGGUCUUUCCGUUGAUAGCAGUAUGGCUUCUUCAGAUUCUAUGGAAAGUCACAUUAUAAUGGAAGAAUUAGGAUUCAUGCAGACAUUCAAAGCUAAAGAAAAGAAUCACAUAGAAAAAGUAGAUGAACUGCUUGAUGAAACUCUCACAGAACACAGCCAGCUGUCUCCAGUGUCUGAAGAGCAGUAUGAGUUGAGCCAAUACUUAUGUGAAAGUGUUUUUGCAAAGCCUGAGAUGGCGUAUGAAAAUGAAGAAAUGAUACUGAAAAUUUGUCAUCGUUUGCGCACUACGGUGGAAAGACUUCUGGAACUGGUUACAGAAUCAACUAAACAACUGGAAAAAACACAUGAAAUCCAUGCACAAUUUGAAGAAGAAUUCACCCGUCGAAAUCAGGAGACUGCCCAAGUGGUUAGUCAGCAUCAAGAACUAAUGGAGUGCCUCACUGAGGAAAGCGAGGCCAAGAAUCAGCUAGCACUAGAGCUUCAUAAAGCAGAGGGCAUUAUUGAAGGCUAUGUUGCAGAAAAAGCUGCACUGGAGGAAGCCUUGAAUCUAAAAGAAGAAUCUGAGCGUCGCCUUGUUGUGGAGCUGGAGAGUAUGCGUGAGCGCUUUCAGGAACUAACCCAGGAGCAGGCAAUUCUUGGUCUACUCAAAGAAGUGGAACUUCUUGCAAAGGAGAAAUUGGAACUUGAGUGUCAGGCAGAAAAGGACCAUUCCAACUUAUGCUCUCAAAUGAAAGUUCUGGAGAUGGAACUGGAAGAACAGCUGCAUAGUAAUCAAGACCUGACUAAACAAUUGAUGGAGGCUGCUGAAUUAAAGCAACAAAUUGAAGUCCUUGAAAAACAGCUUAAAAACCAACGACAAUUUAUGGAUGAACAAGCUAUAGAAAGAGAACACGAACGUGAUGAUUUUCAGCAAGAAAUUAAGAAGCUGGAAGAACAGUUAAAACUUUCGACUAAGUCACAGAAUUCAGGAGAGCCCAAGAAGUAUGGGAACUAUGACUUGAUUCUACAGGUAGAAUCUUUACAAGCAGAAGUAAAAGAGAAGGUGGAUGAUUACAAUAAGCUGUUAUUAGAAAAGGAACAAAAGCAUCAAGAAAUUGCAGCUCGUGAUAAAGAGAUUGAAAAACUGGUGGCACAAGUACAAGAACUGGAGCACAGCAAAACUGAAGUCUCAAAGACUGUAAACUACUUGCAACAACAACUUCAAAAAAUGAAGAAAUUAGAAACUGAAUUAAAACAGGAUAAAGAAGCAUUGCAACAGCAGCAGUACAAGAAUUUGAUUCAGAUCUCUGCCCUGCAAUCUAAACUGGAUGAAGUGAGGCAUGGAGUACCUGUGGAAGGCACUUCUGACCAAGGGCUGAAGGAACGGUUACAGGCAGAACAGGAAUCACUUGAGAGGAAAGAAGGAGAGAUUGCGAGCUUGUUAGACCACCUAGAACAACAUAAAGAUAAAUUGGCCAGUAAAAAUGAGGAGAUAUUACAGCUGAAAUUGCAGCUAGAGGUGCAAAAAAAUCUUAGCUCUUUGACUAUCAACCAGCUUCAGGUAGAGAAUGCACAACUGAAGGAUCUAACAAAACUUCAUGUAAAGCAAAAUGGAGACUUAGAUGUAAGUGAUGCCUCAGUUCUGUCCCUCCCGCAAGCACUACUUAAGGAAAAGAAUCAAGAAAUAGAUCACCUGAAUGAACAGCUGAGAAGACUCAAGUAUGAGCUAGUGAAUACCCUCGAGAAUAAAGUUAUGGAAGACCAAAAAUCUGAAAUUGAGGAACUCAGGUCUGUUAUUGAGCACCUUCGUGGGGACCAGGAACGGCUGUGUAAAGACAAAGAUGAAGAGGUAGAGCAACUUCACGGAGUAAUUGAGAAGCUACAAAAAGAGUUGGCACAAUUUGGACCAGUAUGUCAUGAAGUUAGUGACAACCAAGGUGACAUUUUUCAAUUUGGGUUGGAAAAAUCAGUGGAAAACCUGCAGAAGGAGUUGAAGAAAGGGUUGAUAGAUUGUCAGGGUGACACUGAUCUACAUGGAAGAAAUGCAUUGCUACUCUCCAAGGUGCAGGAACUUGAGGAAGAGCUAGAGUUUGCCUCAGCUGUUAGAAGAGACCUGCAGGAGCAGCUAGAAGAGAAAGAAUCACAGUUCAAAACGGAAGUGGAAAUUUUAGAGAAAAAAUGCCAAAACAUGCAGGAAUCAUCAAGGCAGCACUGUGCAGAGCUAAACACUCUGAGAUUACAGUACAGUGCACUUCAGGAAGAGUACAGCCUUCUACAAACACAUAUUUCUCAGAGAGAGUUUGAAGCAAGGAUUGCUGCUUCUCAUGUUCAGGAACUCAAAGAUAGCGUGAAAGAUAGGGAAGUGAGUAUUCUUGGAAAAGACAAGCAGGUAAGGACAAUGGCAGAUCAAAGAAAAGAUGAAGAAGGUGAAUUGCAGUACUUAACAAAACAGGCAUCAGAGCUUGAAACUGAGUUGAGGAGAGAUGCAAGUCAGGCUCAAGAUGCCUAUAGUCAUGAAUUAGAAGUUUCUAGACUUGAUUUACAUGUGCAAGCAAUGAAUCAGAAAGAAGUAUCUAAUCAGAGAGAAACUGAUGAAUUGCAAGGUAACACAACAAAAUUGAAAGAUCAAAUCAAGAUUUACACAAAAGAGCUUGAAGACUUACGUUUGGAAAGAGAUGAACUUCUUGCACAGCUGGAAUUGUACAAGCCAAAGGAGCAACGCGAUAAGGAGAAUGCUGACUGUCCUUUGGGACAAAGACAAGGUGAAGUUCUUAAGAAAGGAAUGAAGGAAUUGGAAGCACUGGAAACACAUGUUGGUCAGUCGUUUGAUUCCCCAACUGAUAAUCUGGAAAAAGUUGCUUUGUUUGACUUUACUGCUCAUGAUAGAAAUAAACAGUCUCAGGUUAAGCAAUCAGAAGAAAAUAUCUCGAUUCAGAAACUGGACACAAUCAGCAGCUCUGAAGAACAGCAAACUUUGAAAAAGCAUCACCAUCAAAUUCCCGGUUCUCUAAAAACCAAUGCGGAUGCAGGCUGUGCUGAAGGUACUAUUAAAAACUUUCAGGAUUUCAUUGUGGAUGUGACUUCGUGGGAUUCACCUGAGAUUAUGAGAAAGCAAGAUAAAAGCAUGGAACUUCCAUCGGUGCUUAAUCUGACACCCUUUUCAGAAGCUGAAAGUACAGGUCUUGAAAUGGUGCACAGUAGGUCGUCUCUGCAGGGUGAUAACUUGGUUUUGUUGGGGUUUUCUCACCUUUAUGAAAAUGGCAGUGAGGAAGCAGCAGACAGAGCAGAUGUAAAAUCUCCAGUUUCCUCCAAAAGUACCUACUCUGCUGAUGCCAAUGACCAAGAUAUGGAAAAGAAGAUUUUGCAGAUGAGAGAAGCAGAUAAUCUAACUCCAUCUGAUUUGCAAGAUGAUGUACGAUCGGGAGUAUCUGCCAUAGAUGUGCUGAGCAACGGAUGUGACAGCAGUACCGGAUCAAAUCUGGCAGCUAAACUGAAUGAGCAGUUACAAACAUCAGACCAUCCAGAUGCUAAUGUCAUGGCUUACCUGCAGUACUGUGGCAUGUUUCCAGAUAUUAUGGAAUCAGUGAGAGAAAAAGAAAUGCUUUCCCCGCAACUAAAGACUGUGCUGAAGUUGGUGUAUGAGGAGAGCCACAAGAUAUUGGCUUUGUCAGAACAUUCCUUUGGUUUUAAGGAGCUGAAGAACGUUCAUCAGACAAAAGCAAUCAUGGAAGGAUGGCAAAAAGAGGGCUUAGCCUUGCUGAAUGCUAUACAGUCACUGAAAGAUUAUCUUAGCAAGAUGGAAGAUAGAGGAGAUAAGGAGGAACAGAGGCAGAUGGUUGUGGAGCACCUUUUCUCUUCAGACCGGAACAACUUGCUCUCUGAGAUACAGGAGCUUCGAGCUCAACUACGCAUGACACAUCUUCAGAAUCAAGAGAAGCUACAACAGUUGCAGGAAACUCUUACUAAUGUAGAAGAUCAAGGGAGCAAACAAGAACACCAGCUUCGAAGGAAAGUUGAAUUAUUGGAAUAUAAACUUCAGCAGGAAAAAUGCAUUGUGAGUGACCUGCAUAGCACACUGUCUGAGGAGCAGAAGAGAGCCUCUGAAACAUGUGAACUCUUGAAUCAAGAAAAAGCAGCAGUAUCAACCCUGAAGUCAGAUCUGUAUGAACAUAAACAAGAAAAUGAAAGGCUGCAGAAAUCUCUAGAAGAGCAUCAGAGAGAAAUAAACAAGCUCCGUUCUGAAUUGGAAAGUAAAGAGAAGGAUUUGACAGCUACUCUGCUGGAGUUGCAGACUGAACGUCUGACUGAAACAGAGCUGCGAGUUUUGCUUGAGGAGCAACAGCUUCAGCAUAAGAAAGCAGAAGAUGAAAAGAAAAAGACCUUGGAGGAUUUACAGGCUGCCUUGGAUUUGCAGAUGGUGCAAAAUAACAAGCUGUCUGUAUCCUUAGAGCAUGAACAAAUAAUAAAUGAUAAUCUCCGCAAGGAACUUCGGAUAGAAUAUUCCCGCUGUGAAGCGUUAUUGUCUCAAGAACAUGACAAAGUGUUGGAGCUACAGAAGAACUUGGAUGCUGAGAGAAAUCAUUCUAUGGAGCUCUUGAAUUCCUUGAAUCACGAGCGUGUUUUGACAGAACAGUUGAGCAUGCAAGCUAAGGAGGAGGCUUCCUGUCAGCGCAGGGAGUUAUUGCUAGAACAGGCCCUUAUCCGAGAGCUCCAAGCCCAGCUGGAGGAAGAGAGAUCCCGCAAGGCAGAGCUAGCUGCUAUCAUUGAGAAAACACACCAGAAAGCCAUUCGUUCCAAAAGGCAACUAGAGGCUGAAGUACAGAUGUGUUGUGAAGAAACACAAAUGGAGAAUGAGACCACUAACAAACUCCGAGCAACACUGGAAUCUCUUAGGAGUCAAAAGCAAGAGCAAAACUUGGAACUGCAACACCAAAGGGAUGAACAAAGAAUUAAAGAGAUGCAGGAAAUCAUGGCGAUCUUAGAGGAAACAGAAAGAAGUCCUCCAUCUCCCAGCAGUCAACGAGGACCGUUGUGUACUUCAGACAAAGAUCAAAAUGCCAAAGAGCCCAUGACAAAAGAAACUGAAAAAUUCAACUUGCAGCAGCAGCAACAGCUGGAGAAGAUAAGACAACAGUUGCUUUUUGUAGCUGCACGUCUCGUUGAGUUAAUGUGUAAAACUGUAGAUAAAACGGUUAGUGACUGGUAUGUAUCAAAUGAUGAAGCUGUAGCAUCUUUACUGCAGACAUUAAAGGAACUAAAAUCAGAUUUAUUGACUCCUCCUGCAUCUCAGAUCAGAUUUACAGAUGAUACCAACCCUGUUCAAGAACUGGAAAGAGCUGCUUGGCGGCAAGAAAGAAGCAUUCUGCAGAAUGCACUGAAACAGGCAGAGUCUGAACUGGCUAAAGCAACUGCUGAAACUGAAAACAAACAAGCAGUGGAAACGCUCAAUCCUAAGUUACAGAGAUUAUAUAGGAAGUACCUAAGAGCAGAGAGCUUUAGAAAGGCUCUGGUAUAUCAGAAGAAAUACCUCCUGCUGCUUCUUGGUGGAUUUCAAGACUGUGAACAAGCAACUCUCUCUCUAAUAGCACGCAUGGGAAUCUACCCCUCGCCUGCAGACCUGCAACUUUCUGCCUCCCGCUCCCGCCCCUUUACCAAGUUCAGAUGUGCAGUCAGGGCGGUCAUUGCUGUAUCAAGGUUGAAGUUUUUGGUGAGGAAAUGGAACAAACUGAACAGGAAAACUGCCCAGGCUGAAACCAUUUCUCAAAAUACAGGAAAUAAUACGGCCUCUGGUGCCAGAACAGAAGCUCUGAAGCAGCAGCAGCUCCCAGCUGUUCAUGUAAGCUCUCCCCCAACGCGGGACACUGGCCUGUGCCACAGAACCAGCUCUGCAAGAUCUAUGAGCUGCUCCUCCAAAUCCUCUCACCGGUCACACAGCAGAUUGCCUCCAUCCACUUCAGAAAAGUCACCUGUGCCUACUCAGGAUCCUGAACGGUCACUUACAGAAUACAUCCACCGCCUGGAGAUUAUCCAGCAAAGACUAGGAGGGAUGCAGCAAGGACAAGUUCCAGGCCCGCCUUGCCAGAGAAACAUGAAGAAGUGAUCAGAAUGCUUCUGAAAUCUGUGCUGCAAAACCGCCAAGUUAUUGCUUCCUUCUGAGUUGCUCCCUGGUGAAUGGAGGCACUUGUCAUCUCCUCUGCAGCUAAAUAAAGGGCAGUGCUUUUGCAUCACAUUUUUAUGACUUUUUAUUCUAUUUUAGUACUAUAAGAGGAAAUUACUUUUCACCAAGAGCAAUGUUUUACAUUCUCAUGCAGAAUUACUAGUAUGUUAACAGCUCAAGUGUGCCUGUAUCACUGUACUGUCGAUUGCAAAGAGUCUGUCUGGUGUUUAUUUUUCUAUAGUGUAUAGCUGGAUUCCUUGUUAAAAAAAGAAGUUAUUAAAAUCACAUUUUAUUAGUGA